GGAGUGGUUGCCACAGCAGCCCUAAUUCAAGCCGUAUCUGCGGCCACAGGUUUCUGGCACAGAAGGGCCUUAUGGGACCAGCAACAUUCAGGAGCAGCUCCUGCCUUUCGAUCUGUCAAUAUUCAAGUCUCUUCAUCAGGUGGAGAUAAGCCACUGUGAUGCUAAGCACAUCCGAGGGCUGGUCGCGUCGAAGCCUACCUUAGCCACAAUGAGCGUCCGCUUCUCCGCAACCUCGAUGAAGGAAGUCCUUGUUCCCGAAGCAUCGGAAUUUGAUGAGUGGGAGCCAGAAGGCGCAGCCCUGGAGGGCCCCGUGACCGCCGUCAUCCCCACAUGGCACGCGCUCACCACUCUUGACCUGAGCCACAACAGCAUCUCCGAGAUCGACGAGUCUGUGAAACUGAUUCCAAAGAUUGAGUUCCUGGACCUGAGUCACAAUGACGUGCUGGUCGUGGACAAUCUGCAGCACCUGUACAACCUCGUCCACCUGGACCUGUCCUACAACAGACUCUCCUCCUUGGAAGGGGUUCACACCAAACUGGGCAACAUCAAGACCCUGAACCUGGCGGGCAACCUCCUGGAGAGCCUGAGUGGCCUCCACAAGCUCUACUCACUGGUCAACCUGGAUCUCGGUGACAACAGAAUCGAGCAGAUGGAGGAGGUCAGGAGCAUAGGCAGCCUCCCGUGCCUGGAGCACGUGGCCCUGCUGAACAACCCUCUGAGCAUCAUCCCUGACUACCGGACCAAGGUGCUCGCCCAGUUUGGGGAGCGGGCCUCCGAGGUCUGCCUGGAUGACACAGUGACCACAGAGAAGGAGCUAGACACCGUGGAAGUGCUGAAAGCGAUUCAGAAAGCCAAGGAGGUCAAAUCCAAACUGAGCAACUCAGACAAGAAGGUCGGUGAGGACUCCCGGCUCUCGGCUGCCCCUUGCGUCAGACCCAGCAGCUCCCCUCCCACCGUGGCUCCCACCUCUGCCUCCCUGCCUCAGCCCAUUCUCUCUAACCAAGGAAUCAUGUUCGUACAGGAGGAGGCCCUGGCCAGCAGCCUCUCGUCCACUGACAGUCUGACUCCUGAUGACCGGCCCAUUGCCCGGGGCUGUUCAGACUCCCUGGAAUCCAUCCCUGCGGGACAGGCAGCUUCUGACGAUUUAAGGGAUGUGCCUGGAGCUGUUGGUGGUGCAAGCCCAGAGCAUGCGGAGCCAGAGGUCCAGGUGGUGCCCGGGUCUGGCCAGAUCAUCUUCCUGCCCUUCACCUGCAUUGGCUACACGGCCACCAACCAGGACUUCAUCCAGCGCCUGAGCACGCUGAUCCGGCAGGCCAUUGAGCGGCAGCUGCCUGCCUGGAUCGAGGCCGCCAACCAGCGGGAGGAGGGCCAGGGCGAGCGGGGCGAGGAGGAGGAUGAGGAGGAGCAGGACACUAUUGAGAACCGCUACUUUGAAAUGGGGCCCCCAGACGUGGAGGAAGAGGAGGAGGGCAGCCGGGGGGAGGAAGAUGAGGAGGAGGAGGAAGAAGAGGAGGGUGAGGAGGAGCGGCUGGCCCUGGAGUGGGCCCUGGGUGCGGACGAGGACUUCCUGCUGGAGCACAUCCGCAUCCUCAAGGUGCUGUGGUGCUUCCUGAUCCACGUGCAGGGCAGCAUCCGGCAGUUCGCCGCCUGCCUGGUGCUGACCGACUUUGGCAUCGCUGUCUUCGAGAUCCCACACCAGGAGUCACGCGGCAGCAGCCAGCACAUCCUCUCGGCCCUACGCUUCGUCUUCUGCUUCCCGCACGGCGACCUCACCGAGUUCGGCUUCCUCAUGCCCGAGUUGUGUCUGGUGCUCAAGGUGCGGCACAGCGAGAACACGCUUUUCAUCAUCUCCGACGCCGCCAACCUGCACGAGUUCCAUGCAGACCUGCGCUCGUGCUUCGCCCCGCAGCACAUGGCCAUGCUGUGCAGCCCCGUGCUCUAUGGCAGUCACACCAGCCUGCAGGAGUUCCUGCGCCAGUUGCUCACCUUCUACAAGGUGGCAGGCGGCUGCCAGGAGCGCAGCCAGGGCUGCUUCCCCGUCUACCUGGUCUACAGCGACAAGCGCAUGGUGCAGACGGCCGCCGGGGACUACUCGGGCAACAUCGAGUGGGCCAGCUGCACGCUCUGCUCGGCCGUGCGGCGCUCCUGCUGCGCGCCCUCUGAGGCCGUCAAGUCCGCCGCCAUCCCCUACUGGCUGCUGCUCACGCCCCAGCACCUCAACGUCAUCAAGGCUGACUUCAACCCCAUGCCUAACCGCGGCACCCACAACUGCCGCAACCGCAACAGCUUCAAGCUCAGCCGUGUGCCGCUCUCCACUGUGCUGCUGGACCCCACACGCAGCUGCACCCAGCCGCGUGGCGCCUUCGCCGACGGCCACGUGCUUGAGCUGCUCGUGGGCUACCGCUUCGUCACCGCCAUCUUCGUGCUGCCCCACGAGAAGUUCCACUUCCUGCGCAUCUACAACCAGCUGCGGGCCUCACUGCAGGACCUGAAGACCGUGGUCAUCGCCAAGACCCCGACGACCGUGGGCGGGUCCCAGGGCCCUGUGGGGGACGGCCAGCCUGCCGAGGGCAGGGCCAGCAAUGACCAACGUCCCCAGGAGGCCCCCAUCGAACCCCCACUUCUGGCCCCCGCACCAGUGGAGGUCCCAGCUUUGGCCUCAGCAGAGGCCGAGGCCCCAGGCCCAGUGAAGACCCCAGCAGAAGCCCCAGUACCAGCUCCAGCGGAAGCCCCAGGCCCAGUGAAGACCCCAGCACCUGCUCCAGCAGAGGCCGAGGCCCCAUCUCUGGUCUCACCGGAGACCCCGGCAGAAGCCUUGGCCCCAGUGCAGGAUCCAGUGGAGGCCCCAGCCCCAGCAGAGACCCUAGCACAAGCGGAGGCCCCUGCCCAGUACCCAGGCGACCACCUGAUCCAGUCCACCUCGGAGGAGAAUCAGAUCCCCUCACACCUGCCCGCCUGCCCGUCGCUCCGGCACAUCGCCAGCCUGCGGGGGAGUGCCAUCAUCGAGUUCUUCCACAGCAGCAUCGCUGAGGUGGAAAACGAGGAGCUGAGGCACCUCAUGUGGUCCUCGGUGGUGUUCUACCAGACGCCAGGGCUGGAGGUCACGGCCUGCGUGCUGCUCUCCACCAAGGCGGUGUACUUCGUACUGCAUGAUGGCCUCCGCCGCUACUUCUCAGAGCCACUACAGGAUUUCUGGCAUCAGAAAAAUACCGACUAUAACAACAGUCCUUUCCACAUCUCCCAGUGCUUUGUUUUAAAACUCGGUGACUUGCAGUCAGUCAACAUCGGGCUUUUUGACCAGUAUUUCCGGCUGACGGGCUCCUCCCCGGUGCAGGUGGUUACGUGCUUGACGCGGGACAGCUACCUGACACACUGCUUUCUCCAGCACCUCAUGGCCGUGCUCUCCUCCCUGGAGCGCACGCCGUCACCUGAGCCUGUCGACAAGGACUUCUACUCCGAGUUUGGGGACAAGAGCACAGGAAAGAUGGAGAACUACGAGCUGAUCCACUCAAGCCGUGUCAAGUUCACCUACCCCAGCGAGGAGGAAAUCGGAGACCUGACGUUCAUUGUGGCCCAGAAGAUAGCUGCGGCGGAGCAGGCUCCGGCCCUCAGCAUCCUGCUGUAUGUGCAGGCCUUCCAGGUUGGCACCCCACCAUCUGGGCGCUCCAGGGGCAUGCUGCGCCCCAAGACCCUCCUGCUCACCAGUGCCGAGAUCUUUCUCCUGGACGAGGACUAUGUCCACUACCCACUGCCUGAGUUCGCCAAAGAGCCGCCACAGAGGGACAGGUACCGGCUGGAUGACGGCCGCCGCAUCCGGGACCUGGACCGCGUACUCAUGGGCUACCAGCCCUACCCGCAGGCCCUCACCCUCGUCUUCGACGACGUGCAGGGCCAUGACCUCAUGGGCAACGUCACCCUGGACCACUUUGGGGAGGUGCCAGGGGGCCUGGCCAAGGCUGGCCAGGGCCAUGAGGUCCAGUGGCAGGUGUUCGUCCCCAGUGCUGAGAGCCGCGAGAAGCUCGUCUCGCUCCUGGCCCGCCAGUGGGAGGCCCUGUGUGGCCGUGAGCUGCCUGUUGAGCUCACCGGCUAGCCCAGGCCCAGCCACCCCUUGCCGCCUGCUAGUGCGGGGAAGCAGGCUUUUUGUGUUCUUUUUAGAAGUGCUUUGCCCUCCCUUUUGGUACCUUAAUUUGACUGUCAGUGCGGAGAACGUAAACACACGUGUUAAUUCUUUCCAUUCCCAGGGGUCAAACACCAGGCCCAUGAGGGGCUGUCCGUGCCCCUCAGCCUCCUGCAGGCGUGUUGCCUGCCUGCAGUGUGACAUGGCCGGGCACACCAGUGUCGUGUCUUUUUUCGUGGGACCGUGUCACCAAGUGGCACUGUGGAUCUGUUGUACUCUUUUACAUGUCUUUUCUGAAGUGUCAAAUCCAGUCCUUUGUUGCUGUUGUCAUUUUGCUGCUAAUCAUGAAGCUGGUAGCAAAAUGCACAUUGGAAGCCCCCGCCCGUGCCUUUUUCAAAGUGGAAGCCUCCCUGGUCCAGACAGGUGGGAGAGCCCUGUCGGGGGCAGGGGUCCUCCAGGCCUUGGGGCUGAGAGGGAUGGGGGCAGGGGACCUAGAGCUGCCAGCACCCAGCGUGAUUCUUGUUGCCUGUUUUCUCUAUUCCAAUA